ACUACUAGUACUGCCGCCAACUACGGAUUACAAGCCACACCUUACCCAUCCCGUUGGUAACCAUACAGUCUAGUUUAAUACCCUAGGGCUAUCUUACAACUUUCUGGAGAGGGGCAAGUGUCAGGGCUAGACCCAUACAAGACCAUCUACUACUCAAUGGCAACCGCUGUCUUCCAGAAACUACCCAGACAGCCGAAACGAGUCAUUUUACAGCUCCGCGUGGACCAGUUCAUUGAUUGCCUGCAAAAUGAUUUCGAAGAGGCCAUUGAGAAAUACUUUGUGGUAUCCGGACGAUCUAUGAGUGAGAUACACUUGGGACGACAUUUCAUUCAUAUAGAGCCGUUUCAGAGUGACGAUGUGCCUCAGAAAUACUUUCAUAUCGUUCUCGAUCUUGAGCAAAGCCAGGGUCCCGUCGCUUUCUGCACGUUACCACAUGAGCUGUUUCAUAUUCGUCGGGUCGGCAAAGGAAUGCAGCUAUUGAAAACGAACAACCAACUCAUCGCAGAGAAUCUGCUGAGCAAGAUACGUUCCUAUACUGAUGAGUUAUACCCUUGGGGAAGUACUCGAGUAUGAACGUGCUUUGUGGAUAAAUGGUCUUUUAUCGUUUUGAAGCGCCUGGCAUUGUGUUUGGAUGACGUGAACCUAUGUGCGACUUCACAAUAAUUGCACCUCUCCUCCCCGAUGUGAAUGACUUUAUUUUGGCUCUCCAAGCUUUGAAACAAGGGUACAAAGCGAUAACCCAAAGGGUUCUAAGCCACAUGACCCCUUGCUUCGAUGGUUGCUAUUUGGUUUUGGGCUUUUCUUUUCGACGAUGUUUGAUCUCUGCUCUAUCAAAGACAGUGUGAAACUCGAGCUACAAUAGAUUAACAUUAUAUGGUUGACGUUCG